GGGGCGGUGCUCGCGGGCCCCCCUCACUCCCCUCCACCCCGCCGGGCCGAAGUUCCCCACUUCCCACGCCACCCCCGCGGGGUGCGCGUGCGCGCGAGGCCGGAGCCGCAACCCGCCCGCGGGCGGCUGCGCGGAGGGAGGUUGGGGCGUUGGGAGGCGGCGGCGCCCCCGAGCGGCGGAGGCGGUGGCGGUUGCCAGCACUGAGCCAUCUUUCUUUGUGAAAGUGGAGCAACAAUGUAUUGCUCUUUGCAUCUCUACUGCCUAAUGUUUUUAUACAUAGUAGAAGCCCAUUGGAUGUGAAUUUAAUGAAUUAAUAUAAAAAAUAUAUAUGAGCAGGUGACCUAAAUUAUUUUUCAUCUUUACUUCCUUUUGAAGAGUUAAACUUCCAUUCUUUGUGAUAAAAUGGAUUCGUUGUGGUUCAGGCAAUUUGUAGUCCUCAUCUGGAAAAAUCUUCUUUUAAAGAGGCGGAAUACAGCGGGUUUACUUGUGGAUAUUGGCCUGGUAUUUGUAGUUUCGGCAUUGCUUUUGAUAGGACGUAGAGUAAUUAAAAAGGAAUUUCGUCAUGCUUCCACUUUUGAUCCUCUUCCUUUGACACUACCUGCUUUCCUCAUUAAUACGUCAGUUGUAUAUGAGUUGGUUUAUGUGCCUUCUGAAAGUGAUGUGGCAAAAAAUAUUACUGAGAUGGUAAAAAGGGAUUUAAAUGCCAAUUUUAAAGUUCGAGGCUUUUCAUCAGAAGAAGCUUUUGAGAAGUACAUUAAGUACAAAUAUAAGAAUGUUCAUGUGCUGGCUGCUAUUGUUUUUGAUCAUAACUUCAAAAACAGCAAUGAUAGAUUGCCGCUGAAGGUAAAAUAUCGCCUGCGUUUUAGUAAUUUUAGUGAUCCCUCUAAUCAUCCAUAUAAAUUAUUCCAAAGAAAGACAGAGUGGCAUACAUCUAUUCUCUUUCCAAGAGUACCUACUCUAGGACCCAGAAACCCAGAUGAAGCAGAUGGGGGACAUCCUGGUUACAUCAAAGAAGGGUUCCUGGUUAUACAGCAUUCCUUAGAUAAGGCCAUCAUGAUAUAUCACAAUGGCAGAGAUGCAGAAAGGAUGUUUAAUAAUGCCAGCAUUUUGGCUCAGAGAUUUCCAUACCCUGCUUAUUAUCAUGAUAAUCAUAUGUGGUUAAUUUUGAAUAUCCUAUCCAUGAUGGUUUUACUUGCAUUUUCUCAAAAUGAACUUACCCUCAUCAGGAUCAUCACAUUAGAAAAAGAAAGGGGAUUAAAGGAGUACCAACUUGUGGCAGGACUCAAGAAUUGGAUGCUCUGGGCUACAUAUUUUGUUACAGCCUUAUUACUGUGUAUAUGUAUCACCUCUGUACUGCACAUGGCUUUAUUUCUCAAGAUUGCACAGGAGAGAGUCAUCCAACACAGCGACCCAACAGUCACUGCCAUCUUUUUCCUGUGUUUUAUCAUCGCCUCAAUACUCUUCGCCUUUAUGAUUAGCACAUUCUUCAAUAGAGCUGCUUUUGCUGUUGCUUUUGGCGGUUUCCUCUAUUUUCUCAACUUGCCAUAUGUGAUCAUCAGUGGAGAAUACAUACAUGCGAUGAGCCUCAGGAAGAAGCUCUUUCCUUGUCUCUUUUUAAAUACUGCUUUACGUAUGGGGAUUGAUUUACUAAUCAAGAUGGAAAUGAAGGGGUAUGGUGUUCGGUGGAAUAAUCUCUUUUCACCAGUGAGCCCAGAUGAUAACUUAACUUUUGCCCAUAUUAUGGGAAUGUUUUUAAUUGAUGCUUUCUUGUAUGGCCUUGUCGCCUGGUAUGUAGAUUCUGUCUUUCCAGGAAAGUAUGGUGUACCCAAGCCAUGGUAUUUCUUCUUGCAGGUGAGUUCUAAUGCUUCCAUCAUUGGGGCAUACCCCAGCCCUUAUGUACUUAGUUUGUAGAAAAGAGAACACCCUUACCUUUAACACCUUCCCCAUGGUGCCUUACCAUUAUUGUACUAACACAGGUUUUGUUUUUUUUCCUUCUCAACUAAAGCCAUUAUGAGUUAACUUUGUAACACGUAUAAUAGAAUCAAAUGGUUUUCUGCAAAAGAAGUCCCAUUUGGAUGAAUAUGUGGUGGGGUCCUUAGAUCCUAGUGAGUAGAGAUAAAUUGUCCUGUAUCUGGCCUAAAACUAUCAGCUUUCUUUCCACAAUUAGUCUUGGUUGCUCAGAAUUAAAAUCAUAUCAAAGUGGGGAGUUGUCGGUAUCUUAGCCUCCAUUUUCAGUCCUCUUCCUUAGCAUUCUGUGGUUCAAAGCAGUGGCCCCCAAACUUUUUGGUCUUGGAACUCCUUUGUAGUCUUAUGAAUUAUUGAGCACCCAAAAGAGCCUUGGUUAAUGUAAAUUAUAUGU